AUGUACAAAUGGGGUCUUCUAGUUCACGGAUCAGAUUCAAGCAAACUCUCACAGGACGGUCGAUUGUGUGCGACACCGUUCGACUCGGUCGAUCUGGUUAUAUCUGAAAAUGAUAAGCCGGAUCGAAUAUCACCUAGAUCGGUUGAUAAAAUAUCCGCACUUCGGGUGAACAAUGCUCGUCUCGUCAUAUUAACCGCACGUCGUCGAACCUCGACCGCUGCUGUGGACAUACUACUCGUUCGGGGAGAAGUGGACGACAGUGCUGUAGUCAGUUUUGCAACUGAGUCAGCGGAAGAUCCCGGCGCGAUUGACGGUGUGCUUGUGCCACCAGCGACCUCGGUACCGACGGACGGUGGACGUUCCACACGUUCUCCCCGUCGUGGUUUAAUUGAUCUGAAAAUAAGUAAUGGGCGAAAAUUUGCUAACAAUACCGGAGAGGGGGGAGGUGUCAGCUACGCCGGCCCCGAAAGAAAAUAA